AUGCAGAACGCGUCGCCGCCCAACGUGGCCGAAGCCGAGCGGAAACUCACGCGUGCGGUGGACAUUAUGGAGCAAGCGCUGAACAUCCGCUACAGCUCAGCCGACGAGAAGGACGCAGCGGACCGUCUGAACAACAAGAUGCUGCGGUACGUCAAGAUGAUUAAGAGCCAGCGCGCCAAGAGCGUGGUCGGCAGUGCCGGCGCCAAGGGACGGAACGUCAACAAGCACAAUAUCCUCGAGAUGGACCGCUUGCCCGAGGUCUAUGCGCCUGUGCUCCAGUUGCUCGACAACUCGAGCCACUUGGGCGACAUUUGCGAGACGCUCAAGCGCACGUUUGGCUUCCAGGACAGCAGCGUCGUGAACCAAAAGGAGCACUUGUUGCUGUUGCUGACCAACUUUAAAGAGCAGAGCAGCCACGACGACGAUGGGACCCUGAAAAAAAAGAAAAAGAAGAAGAAACAGGACGAUACCGAGACGAUCGACGACUAUCUGCGGCAACGCGACCCGCAACUUGAGCUCGAUCUGGCGUCCAAGGGAGUUGCGCGUCUCCACAGUCGCGUGUUUGCCAACUACAAAAAGUGGUGCAAGUACGUGUCGCAGAAGCCCAAGUUCUCGAGCGACCCGCUUGUGGAUAUUGCGUUGUUUUUCCUCAUCUGGGGCGAGGCCGCCAAUCUUCGUCAGAUGCCGGAGUGUCUGUGCUUUCUGCUGCACUGUAUGCUGCCGAAAGUCAGCAGCGGGGUCAGUGAAGAGCCGGGCGCGUUCUUGGAGACUACGGUUCGUCCGAUGUACGCGGAGGUGCGUCGUGAAAGCGACAAGAAGACAAGCAAAGGCGCACGAGCAGCUCACCGGAACAUUCGAAACUAUGACGACUUUAAUGAGUUUUUCUGGACGAAAAAGUGCUUGAAGUACGACCAUACCACCAUCGGCGAGGCGUUUGCCAAUUAUGACAAGAAGAGUCGUCCGAAGAUUGUCAAAAAGACGUACAAUGAGACGAGGAGUUGGCUGCGUGCGAUCAUGUCAUUUCGCCGCAUAUUCUUUAUUAACUGUGCUUUGUUUUUGGCAACGCUGGGGUUUGCCGUCAACAUUGUGCUGUAUUGCCCCGAGUCGGCCAUUAUGUACGGUGAUGACGUCCAGCCGAUGUCGGCGUCCGGGCCGCUUGAAAUCUUGGGCAAGAGAUUCGCCGUACCGCUGGACGCAGAGAUCAUGGAAAACACCGAGGACACUCUUUCGGACGAGAUUGAUACGGACACCGGUGCAGACCCCCAGUGCCUCUAUUCCAAACUGGCGACAUGCCUUGGCGUAGGCUUUUUUUCGUCCGCUUCGGACACUUUUGGCACACUACCUCGAGACUUCAAGGAGCUUCUCGACAUCGUGCCAUUCACGAAUUGUGUCGAGAGGAUUGUGGGCAGAUGUAAAUGCUACCACGACUUGAUCGACGACUGCUUUACCGACACUGGUGAUGCGGACCAAGUGUCGACUGAUGGAGUGGUCACGUUGAUCGCGUACGACCAGAGUAUGUGUGCGCCAUCGUGGUUUGCACAGGUCAACAGUAUUCUGGAUGACGAAGGCGAUGGUCUACUGAAUUGCGCUAGCUGCCAGGUCGAUGUCGCUAGUCUCUCGAGCGACCCGACUCGCCUUCUCACGCUACUGCAAGGCUUGAUCGAUUCCAGCCGGUCCGACCAGGGCGUCAUGGCUUUCCUCGCCGGAUUCGCCAUGGUUGGUCUCGUGUGCGUGUGUGAGAUUCAGAAUCGGUUCUUUUCUGGUAUUGGCGUGGGUUUCGUAGGCCGUUCGAUGCCGGUUCCCAUGAAGACAUACUGCCGCUACACGUGCUUUUGGCUCGUGCUGUACGUGUGCAAGCUGGUGUUUGAUUACCAAUUCGUGGUCAAAUCGCUAGUGGAGACAACACUCCUGGUGUACUCAGCCCAGUCAACGGACUUCCUCAAGUAUUCUCACUUCAUGCUGCAGUUCAAGUACCACAACAUCAUUUUCAUCAUCUUUCUCUGGAUUCCGGCGUGGAUGGUAUUCAUGUACGACGCGCAGAUUUUCUACUCAGUUCUGUCUGUUAUUUACGGCUCAUUCGCCGGGUUCAACUUGCGUAUUGGCGAGCUCCGUUCAUUCCGCAUUCUACGUUUGACGUUCAAGUCCAUCCCUGGCGUGUUCAACCACAAGAUGGUACCGAACAUUGUUGAGGAGAAGGCGAAGAAGCUAAAGAAGAAGAAGAAGAACCGUAACGAGAGGGACGAGAUGGCCAUGCCUCUCCGCCGCUUCGAACGCAUUUCGAUGUCUCAGGGUGCUAAGCCGUUGACAGUGAAGACGCAAAAGUACUCGAGUUUGUUGGAGCAGCGUGAUGACGAUGAUGUCUAUAGCGAGAUGAAGACCCCGAACGGCACUGACGAAGACUUGUCAUCGCAGUCGAGCCGCACUUCGAACAUUGGCUCCAUCACGGGUGUGUCGGGAGCGGAGUUCGAGCGUACUAUUCCGUUUGCGAUGGCGUGGAAUCGCUGUCUGACCAGUUUACGGGAAGCUGACGUUAUCAGUGACCGCGAGCUAAACGUGCUAAGCUAUCUGAUCGAUUCCAAGGACACGGUCGGCCGAAAGCUGUAUCCGCCUGCCUUCUUGACUGCCGGAAAGCUGGAUGAGUCGAUUGACAUUGUGCUCGAGUGCUCGGCGUUGUACGAGAAGCUGAAAACCGACAAAAAGAAGAAAGACAAGGUGCUACAGAAAAUUGAGACGACCAUGCGGGAAAGACUGACAAAGGAUGACCUGCGUGUCGAAUCGAUUUUGGGCUCCUACAAGUUCUCUUCUCAGGUUCUUCGCAUCUUGCUCGGUGAGGAACACAAGGAGCUAGACGACUGCUACAACUUUAUCGAGGAGAUGGCUUCACAUCAGCAGAUCUUGAAGGGUCUGAAACUGGACAACCUGUACAUGUGCCGUGCAACUGCUGCUGAACUCAUGAAGUCCAUCCUUGAGGUGCCGAAGAAGUCUACAGAAAGCAGCAUCAAGUUCCAGCGUGCGUUGUACAAGGUGAUUGACUCGGUAGAGUCGGUGAUUAACUGCCUGAAGAUGGUGCUGGCCAAACAGGAGAAUCUGGUGCAGAUGCUGAACGACACACCUCUGAAGCCGAACUCGUUCUUUUUCCCCGGUGAUUCGCAGCACUACGCAAGCUUACAGUUGCAGAAGAUCGUAAAUGAUGAGGCUGCUCUGGACAUUGUAUCACGUGCAUAUCAGCUAUUGACGGUCGACAACUUUGACGCUGAGCCGCGCUCUGAAGAAGGGCGCCGUCGCUUGCGCUUUUUCGCCAACUCGUUGUUCAUGGAUAUGCCGGAGGCAAAGCCUAUUCGCAAGAUCCGUUCGCUGACUGUGUCGACGCCGUACUACAACGAGAUCGUCAUGUACUCGAUCAAGGAUUUGACGGCCCAGAAUGACGACUGCAUUAAGUUGUUGUAUUACCUGCAAACCAUCUAUCCGUUCGAGUGGGAGAACUUGUUGGAACGCAUCCAGGCGAAAGACAUGAAUGAGGCACUGAAGAAAAACCCGGAGGAGGUUCAGUUAUGGGCCAGCUAUCGAGGUCAGACCCUGGCCCGUACUGCUCGAGGUAUGAUGUACAACGAGGAAGCCAUUCGCUUUCUGCACUGGCUGGAAAUUGGCGAGAACGAGCCGAUGCAUCAAGUAUUUUGCUCGUGCAACAAGUGUCGCAAACUGAAUGAGAUGGUUCGCUUGAAGUUUAACUACGUGUGCACGUGCCAGAUUUACGGAAAGCAGAAGGAUGAGCAAAAGCAGCAGGCUCAAGACAUCGACUUCCUGCUCCGCAAGCACCCCAACCUUCGUGUUGCAUACGUUGACGGCCCGAAGAAGGUGAAGGACGGCCCGCCGAAGUUUUUCUCGGUGCUGAUUCGUGCCCUCGAUGACAAAAUCGUCGAAAUCUACCGCGUGGAGUUGCCAGGCAAUCCGAUUGUUGGCGAGGGUAAGCCUGAAAACCAGAAUCACGCCAUCAUCUUCUCGCGCGGCGAGCUUUUGCAGUGCAUCGACAUGAACCAAGAUGGCUACUUCGAAGAAGCACUGAAGAUGCCAAACCUGUUGUCAACGAUGGACACUGGCACUGAGAAACGUCCGUUGACGAUCAUCGGUUUCCGUGAGCACGUCUUUACCGGUGGCGUGUCGAACCUUGCCAGUUUUAUGUCGAUCCAGGAGCUGUCGUUUGUGUCGCUCGGUCAGCGCAUGCUUGCUCUCUUUCAUGUGCGCCAGCAUUACGGCCACCCGGACAUCUUCGACAAGCUGUUUGCAAUGAGCAGUGGCGGCACUGCGAAGGCGUCCAAGGGUAUCAAUCUCUCGGAAGACAUUUUUGCCGGUUUCAACAGUACGCUCCGUGGUGGUCGUACAUCCCACGAGGAGUUUAUCCAAGUGGGCAAGGGUCGUGACGUGGGCAUGCAGCAGCUAGCUCUUUUCGAGGCCAAGUUGUCAUCAGGUGCUGGUGAAGCUGUGAUUUCCCGCGAUGCGAUGCGCAUGGCUUCUCGUCUUGAUUUCUUUCGUCUACACUCUUGGUUCUACGGUAACUUGGGCUGGUACUUUACGCAGUCCAUGACUGUAGUGGGUGUGUACUUUUUCAUCUACGGCAAGGUGUACAUGGCGCUGAGUGGCAUGGACAGUUACUUUCUCGAGCGGGGUGGAUUGGGAAUCGCUGGCACGUUGAACACGUCAUGGGCGUUCCAGUUCGGCUUUUUGUUGGUGGUUCCUGUAAUCGCAGUGGUGGGUGUGGAGCAGGGUUUCCGCCACGGUUUUACGUACCUUCUGUGGAACUGCAUGACGCUCGGCCCCAUCUUCUUCACGUUCCAGAUGGGCACGCGUAUGCACUACUUUGACCGCACGUUGAUUCACGGUGGCGCAAAGUAUCGUGCCACAGGUCGUGGUUUCACGAUCAAGCAUGAGAAAUUUGCUGAGCUGUAUCGCUUUUACGCGUUCAGCCACUUCUACCGUGGCGUAGAGCUGCUGUUCUUGUUGUUGUUGUUUUACGUCUACGGCACGUUCUCGUGGUGCAACUGCUCAUGGCGACUGGACGCCGACUUUUACAACAACGUUGAGCCGUCCAAUCUUGACUGGCGGGCGCGUUGUUACGACAAUCACUAUCAGUCGUGUGUUCUACCAACGAACCAGAACUACGGUGUCAUGUCGUAUUCUUUGUGGAUCAUUGCCGCGACGUGGAUGUGGGCCCCAUUCUUUUUCAAUCCAAGUGGUCUGGACUGGGACAAAAUCAUUGAGGACUACAACGACUGGCAAAAUUGGCUUAGGACGAGCAACGACUCGGCAGACAGCUGGUUUGGCUGGUGGUCCAAUGAACAGGAGUACCUCGAGCACACGACAUCCGGCGCUCGCUUCAUCACUGGCAUGCGCAAGCUCCGUUUCUUGUUGGUUGCUAUCGGCAUGUACCUGAACAUGAUGUACGAUGCGUAUUUCGAGCAGCCAAACCGAGUGAUUGAGUCGGGCGACAGUAUGUUGACGUACGCAUUGUCCGGUUUGGUCAUCGUGAUAUUCGCGCUGCUGAUAUGCUGCGGUUACAUUGCUAGUCGCGUGACGAAGAAGAUGUCGAUGAAGCAGCGCAAACUACGCAAGAUCAAAUUCCUGCUGUCGUGCUGCUGCUUUCUCAUAUCGUUGCUGAGUCUGACAGUGCUGUCGGUUGGCAACUUGUUUGCAAUCUUUAUUCUGCUGAUGAUGGCGGUCUAUUGGUUCAUGCAGAUGUGCAUCUUGCGUCUGCAGUACCACCACAUUGUGGUGCGUGCGCUCGCCCGCGCCUUCGACCAUGCCGUGGGCUGGAUUGUGUUUGGGCCCAUUAUGAUCGUGUCGAUGUUCCUGCCCUUCAUCUCUUCGUUCCAGCAGCGCGUCAUGUUCAACAAUGCCUUCACGUCGGGUCUCGAGGUGUCGAAGCUUUUUGCACACGACGUGGCUCCAGCAACGGUGGUCAAGGUCAAGCGUGUGUCGAAGAAGAAGAAAACUCGGGACGACUAA